CUCGCCACCUGCCCGAUGCCCGCCGCGUGGGCGCUCGCCCUGCUCUGUGCCGCCUGGGGCAGCCGCGGCCUGGCCCUCCCGCGGGCGGCCACAUGCGGCGCCUCCUGCUCCCAGGGCCUGGCCUGCAGGAGCCGCAGCAGCUGGCCCAUCCUCAGGAACGUCUGCCGGCCACCCCCCGUGUCCAUGCCUGUGGGGGUCCUGGAAGGCCUGACGCUCUCCGCAGCUCUGCAGUGUGUCCCCCCGGGGGGCUGCGCCCUGCGCCUGCGUGUCCAGGCCACCGUCUGGCUGCACAGAAGCCUGCGGGGCCUGGAGGCCUGCUCCUCCAGCCUGGACACCCAGGAGACACAGUGCCAGGCCGUGCGGCUGCCCAAGGCCUCCCGCCUGCAGGCGGCAGGGCAGCAGCUUCAGGUGCACUUCGAAUGCUUCGAGGCCAGCGUGGGCCAGACCCUCCACAUCACCCUGAGGACUAUCCCCCACUUUUGCGGGGUCCAGCUGGCCCAGGAGUACCGUGUGCCAGACUGCUCGGACGAGGACGUGAGGAGGCACAUUCCCGAGUGCUUGGCCAGGAAGCUCACCUGCCAGGUGGACCGCAGCCGCCGGGCCGUUCUGGUGCAGGUGCCCGACGCCCCCGAGGCCCCCGGAGCCUCCGACUACUAUGUGCGGCUCUGUCGCAAGUGGUUCACCUGCCAGGACGUAGUCGGGCCACUGCAGGUCCCGGCGAACAGGAUUUCCCGGACAGUGUCGCUGCCUUACACCCAAGCGCUGCCUUGCCUGUGCCUUGAGGGCUGGCCUGCGACCCCCGAUGCCGUGCGCGUCCAGAUCUGCCCCUUUGAAAACGACACAGACGCAUUGUGGGACGCCAUCCACUACCACCCCAUGAGCCGGGCACUGAGCUGGGAGCCCACCUGUCCCGUGAGUGGCCACGUGAGCCUGUGCUGGCGCCCAGGGCCAGGGACCGAGUGUCGAGAGCUGGAACAGUCGCAGCGGCCAGCACACCGCAGAGUGCAGUACCCCGGGGUGGACCCACAGCCCCAGCUCUGCCUGCAGUUCUCCACCAGGCUGGGCGCUCACCUGCGGUGCCCGUUCCUGCAGUGGCCUAGCGCAGGUUUGGAUGACCGACAUGCCCCUCUCUAUCCCGCAGCGGCAGUGCGAACCCCCGUGCUGUGAGUGGCUAGCGGGAGGCAGGCACCUGGGCCAGCCUGUGG